GGGGCUCAGCGAGUAUCGCUCAUUCUUGUCUAGUUGUAGUUCCCUACUGCACUUAGCGACGCGUUCAUACACUCGUUAGCGUGAAAGCCGUAUGACCCUGGGAACGCCGAUUGUCCUUGGGCCGCUUCAUGUGACCUCGGGUUCGCCUGGCGUAUGAUAUAUAUGCAUGCAUUCGGUCAGCUCGAUCUGAAUCUCUACUUCUGACGUUCCGCGACACCAGUUCCGCCGUUGCGCGAUGCACGACAAAGCAUUGCUCGCGUUGUAUACUGCCUGCGCUCUUGUCGGGCUUUUCGUCAUAGGGAGAGGAUCCAAGAAACAGCAUCGCUUCCCCCCUGGCCCGAAGGGACCUCUCGUCAUCGGAAAUCUUUUCGGCAUACCCCGAGACUAUCCUUGGUUAACGUACGCCGCGUGGGGUCGCCAAUACAGCUCAGAGAUCGUUCACUUCAAAGCACUUGGACAGCACUUUGUUGUGGUCAAUGGCACCAAGGCUGCGAAGGAUCUUUUCGACGGACGUUCGCAGAUAUACUCGGACAGGUAUUAUGCGGCUGACCGCAAACAUAGGACUGGAUUUCACCGAAACUGGGCCAUGAUGCCUUACGGGGAAAACUGGCGAAACCACCGCCGACUUUUUCACCAACACUUCCGUCCUCAGGCAAUAAACCUGUAUCAUGACCAGAUUUUGAAAGGAGCUCGUAUCUUGAUACAGCUACUGCUGGAAUCGCCGGAUGAUUUCUUGGGGCAUGUUCGACACACUUCAGGGGCUAUACUGGGGAACAUCUUGUACGGAAUGGAUAUGAAUCCGAAAGGUGAUGAACGCCUGGAAAUCUUUGAAAAGGCCAUUGAGAUUUUUAUGGAGAUCGCCGCGAGGUGCAUCCACCUACACGAAUAUAUAGUAAAACACCUGCCCACCUGGUUUCCGGGAGCUGGGUUCAAGCGCCAAGCGUUGGUAUGGAGACCCCAGGUGGACGCAAUGUACGAGCUACAAUACCAAGAGGUCAAAUCUGCUGCCAAACGCGGUAAGGUCAAGACCUGUAUUGCGUCCAAUCUCAUGUCCAUGUUCCCGGACAAUUUUGAAGACCCAGACGUGGAAGAGAUGCUCAUCAGUGUUACGGGUACAACAUGUGUCGCGUCCGAUACCACGCUCUUUUUCCUGACCACUUUCUUUAUGAUCAUGUUACUCUAUCCAGAGGUCCAGUGCAAGGUGCAGGACGAGCUAGAUCGGGUAGUCGGCAGAGACCGACUUCCUGGGAUCGACGAUCGCGAUUCGCUACCAUACCUCGCGGCGGUGAUCAAAGAAAUAUUACGGUGGAACCCAGUGGUAUCGUCAGGUGCCGUGCAUAAGUCUAAUGCGGACGAUUGGUACGACGGAUAUUAUAUUCCGGCAGGCACCAUUGUCAUUGGUAAUGCAUGGGCCAUCCUGCACGACGAGAAGCGAUACCCCGACCCCGAAGCCUUCAGGCCGGAACGGUUCCUCAUGCCCGAAAGUACCCUAAAUCCAGCCGUCCCGGAUCCCGUCGAGGCGUUCGGCUUCGGGAGGAGGAUAUGUCCAGGGCGUCACUUUGCACAGGCCACCGUCUUCCUCUAUGUCACCCACAUUCUUGCCACGGUAACCAUCACGAAGCCUGUCGACAAACUGGGCAAUGUUGUCGGGCCCGCGCGCGAAUAUACGGCUCGUCUCUUCUCUAUCCCGAAACCGUUCAAGGCCGACAUUAAACCGCGGUUCGAGGGAGCUGAAGAGCUGAUACGACUGUCAAGCGUUCCCGCAGAAUGAGCAUGAGCUUUCUGGUUUCUGAGACUACUGACAUGAGUAUAUGUAAUAGGAUAUCUUAGCGAUGAUCCUGAAUGA